AUGGCAGGGUCAGCGACGGCCGGUCUACAUCCGCUCCCGGACGGUACUCACCAAGCCGGCGGCGGGGUAUCGGGGAAGGUGCACACGGUCAGAACUCUCAACGGCCCUGUCCUCGCUCACCUAGAGAAAGUCUACGCAUCCCACGCCGGCGCCGACAAGCUUUGGAGCCCUGAGAAGGCAGCCGCCUUCCUGAAGGACACCCAGCGCGACACUGAUGCCGAGCGCGCUCUUGAACUAAGCACGGGGAAGCCUUGGGAUCUGAACGCCUUCCUCCGGUACAUGACCUCGUCUAUUACUCACGCCAUCUCACCGCCUCACGAGGAAGAUCUUUCGUGGCCGCUGUCUAGCUACUUCAUCAGCUCGAGCCACAACACAUAUCUCACGGGCAACCAGCUGUCGAGCGACUCCAGCGCCGACGCCUACAAGAACGUGCUUCUACGUGGCUGCCGGUGCAUUGAGGUCGAUGUGUGGGAUGGCGACGACUCCGACAACGAGGACGGCACUAGCAGCAGCAGCAGCAGCGAUGAUGGCGAGGCUGGGUCGUCCAUACGGAAGCGAGGUCUCAGCAAGAUGACGAGCAAGCUGCCAAAGUCUCUCACGAGUCGGCUGGAGAAGACAAGCCUGGGUAAGAAGCUCGGCAGGGUGGCGGCCAUCAAAAGACUCUCCCGCUCAUGGUCAAAAAAAGCAGGCAACACGACGACAACAACACCGACCGCUACAACUGAAGUGCCCGUCACGGCGAAGGACGGCCCGAACACGAGCCCGCCCGCGAGCCCGCUGAGGAAGAUCACUAGCGUGAAGGAGCCAAGGGUCCUGCACGGGUACACGCUAACCAAGGAGGUGUCGUUCCGCGAGGUGUGCGUCGCCAUCAGGGACUACGCCUUCGCCGUGACCGACACGCCGCUGAUCGCCAGCCUCGAAGUCCACUGCAGUGCGGAGCAGCAGGAGACCAUGGUCGCCAUCAUGCUCGAGACGUGGGGCCCAUUCCUCUUGCCCGAGCCCAAGGAGGAUGCCGCCCACCUGCCCUCCCCGGCCGAGCUGCGCGGCAAGAUCCUCGUCAAGGUGAAGUAUGCCCCGCCCGAGGGCGGCAGCCCGCUGGGGCCUGACGCCGAGGACGGGCUGUCGGGCGAUGCGGCCGCGGCCAAGAGCAAGAAGCCGUCCAAGAUCAUCCAGGCGCUCAGCAAACUGGGCAUCUACACGCGCGGCGUGUCGUUCAAGAGCCUGGAGCAAGCCGAGGCGACCAUGCCGACGCACAUCUUCUCGCUGUCGGAGAAGGGCGUGGUGGAGGUGCACCAGAAGAGCGCGUACGAGCUGUUCGAGCACAACCGGCGCUACCUCAUGCGCACGUACCCCUCGGGCCUGCGCAUCCGCUCGUCCAACCUCGACCCGGCCGUCUUCUGGCGCAAGGGCAUCCAGAUCGUGGCGCUAAACUGGCAGAAUUGGGACGAGGGCAUGAUGCUCAACGAGGGCAUGUUUGCCGGCACCAACGGAUACGUCCUCAAGCCGGAGGGCUAUCGCAUGACCAAACACCUCCCCGCCCCGGCCACCACCGCCACCCCCACACCCGCCGCCAACCCGCAAGCCGUCGCCGUCCGACAUUUCACCAUGGACCUAACCAUCGAGAUCCUCGCCGCGCAAUCCCUGCCUCUGCCCCCAGGCGACGACAACCCGUCCUCCUUCCGCCCCUACGUCAAGAUCGAAAUCCACGUCGAAGAGCCCGGCGAGCGGCACGGGGCGGGGCCGUCCGCCGACGCGGCCGUGCCCGCGGACGGGCGCGAGAAGGAGGGCGAGUACAAGGCCAAGACCAAGUCGCUCAAGGGGUGUGAUCCGGAUUUUGGCGGGCAGGUGCUGCGCUUUGAGGGGGUUCCGGGGGUCGUGCCGGAGUUGUCGUUUGUAAGGUUUUUGGUGCGGGAUGAUGAGGUGGGGAGGGACUCGUUGGCGGCGUGGGCGUGUGUGAGGGUGGAUCGGUUGAGGGAGGGGUUGAGGUGUUGCUUUGCGCCGCGACAUCAACAACCCCCAACUUCUUAUAUCCUUCUCGGCCCUAUAUAUCGAUCCUCCCGGUAUACAAUGAGCAAGCCAGGCUUCUCCUUCGGUCUCAAAAAAGCGGGCGCCGCCAAACCGGCCCCCGCGCUCCGAAAACCAGCACCCUUCGGCGGAGGCGAUGAUGACGGUUCCGGAGACGAGUCUGCACCAACCAACGUAGCAAAAGUCUCAGAACUCAGCAUAUUCGACACACCACAGCCCGCAGCCUCCAACGACUCCCCUGACCGCAAGAAACCCAAAACCAAAAAGCCCCCCAAACCAACCAACGCCCUGCCACCCCCCGAAACCGACCAAUUCACCGACCUCUCCAGCACGCUCACAUCGCGCAAGCACGCCGCCUCCGCCGCGGCCGCCGACCCCUCCAUCUACGACUACGACCUGGCCUACGACUCCUUCAAAGCCGCCAAAGCCGCCGCCACCGCGGACCCCGACACCGCCUCGACGGAGCCCAAAAAGCCGCGGUACUUCAACGCGCUGCUCAGCGCGGCCGACCUGCGCGAGCGCGACCGGCAGGUGGCCGAGGAGCGGCGGCUGCAGCGGGAGCGGGCAGCGGAGGGGGAUGAGUUUGCGGAUAAAGAGAAGUUUGUCACCGAGGCGUACCGCCGCCAGCAGGAGGAGAAUCGGCGGCUGCAGGAGGAGGAGGAGCGGCGGGAGGAGGCAGAGAGGAGUCGGAAUCGGGGGAGGGGUAUGGCGGAUUUUUAUAAGGGCAUGUUGGAGCGGGGGGAGAGGGAGCAUGCGGUGCUGGUGAGGGCGGCGGAGGAGGGGGUCAGGAGGGCGGACGGCGAGGUCGUGGAUAAGAGGCAGCUGCUCAAGGGCGGGUUGAAUGUCGCGGCCAAGAAGAAGGUCGAGGUGCAGAAGGAGAGGGAGAGGCAGGCGCAGGCGGCUGCGAAAGCCGGACCCGCGGCGCAGAGUAAAGGGGUGUAUGCGGCGGGCGGAAAGCAGGCGAUGCGCGAGCGCCAGACGAGGAUGCUGGAGGCGCAGCUGGAGGAGACGCUCAAGCGAUCGAGGCAGGAGGAGGAGGAGGAGGCGGCCAAGGUGCAGCUCGCGAGCAAGAGCAGGAAGACGGAGGCCGACAUCUCGAGCGCCAAGGAGAGGUAUCUGGCGAGAAAGAGGGCGGCGGAGGAGGCGAAAAAGAACGGAGCGGAGGGUCCAUAA